AUGCUGUCGUGCUGCGUAGCUCCGGACGUCUCCACCACUGGCGAAAUGCUCUCCGAAGAAGAGUUUCUGCGAAAGGAGGCAAUGCUGCUGGAAGAGGAGAUACGGGCCGCGGGGAUGGAGCACUUGUUGGGCGAGCACCGCGUCGACAUGGGUGAAGCCCUAAAGACAGAUCCAGCGUUCAGGCCCUUGACUGAGGCCGAGUUGGACGCUUUGGUGGAGGCCGAGAUUGCGCGAACCGGUGGCCUCGAAGAGCCCGACUGGGGCUCCAUGACCUGGAUGGAUGAAGGGAUGGAGCCCUUCCCCAACCAGCAGCCGAUCCCGCCCGUGCCCGCAGUGCCGGAAGAUGCGCCGGUGGUGAAGGCCGUUCUUGUAGGCCCCACAUACAAGACCAGUAAGCACAGCAUGCCCUUGCUGGGCCGACUGGAAGUUCUACUUGGAUCUGUUGGUGCCUUGGAAGAUAUCCUGGUUGCGUUGCAACAUGCCAAAGUCAGGACUCCGGAGCUGAAGAUCUUGACGGAUGCGAAGAAGACUGGCGGAUGGCCUGUGGCACAUGAGGCACCCACCCGGAAGAACAUCCUAAGCUCCAUGCAGUGGUUGGUGCAAGAUGCCAAGCCUGGGGAUAGUUUGCUCUUCUUCUUCGCAGGCCAUGCUGGCCAGUCCCGCGACACGGAUGGUGAUGAACAGGAUGGACAAGAUGAGCACAUCUGUCCGGUGAUCCAGGCGCAGCAUCCCAAGUUCGCUUCUGCAUUCGAUGGCUCCCUAGAGAAAGAAGAGGCAGAUGACCUGGUGGGUCGUGGGAUCAGCGACGAUGAGAUCUUCGGUGUGAUGUUGAAGGAUCUGCCCGAGGGGGUGCGCCUCACCACGAUCUUUGAUGCUUGUCACAGUCAAACCUUGGCAGAUCUGGCACAUUCUUAUGAGGUGCAGGUGGAAGGUGACGAGAUGGCCCGUGCCAAACGACAAGAGCCGCCACCCCCUGGCUUCAGCUUUGACAAGCGUCCUUUGACUCAUAAGGACGUGAAAGGCAAAGAGUGUGCCGCCAGUGUCCUAUGCCUUGCAGGCUGCAAAGAUCGGGAAACCCAACAAACGUGGUGCGACCAGAGCGGUCGCGGAAUGCGGGGAGCCUUUUUUCUCACGAACAUGUUGGCCAAGGCAAUCGCUGGCAUGCGCACUCCAAACCCCAGCUAUGCUGACGUCUUGAGGGAGAUCACAAGAGAUUUCUACCGCGGGAAUAGGCUCAACAUGAGCAUUCCCAGUUUCUCCACCUCAUCAGCAGUUGACCUUGAUGCAAAGCCUUUCAGUUUCGUGGGACCACUCUGA